UGUUUAUAUCGCGAGUUAUAUCAUUCCUUGUCGUAUAUUUCUCUCGCUGGUUUCAUACUUGUGUAACUUGAGUGACUCACGUCUGGUGUCGAGCAAGGUUCCCUUGUGCCGGAUCAGAUCUACCCUGCGAAACUGUGCGUUUUUCCGAGUGUCAAGUUUCUAAUUUUCAUCUCUGAUUUCUAGCAACCAGGAUCACUGUGGAUACUUCCUUGAUCGCGCUUUUGCGUUUCUGCAAUCCUGCAAACGAUCAACUUUCGCCGCACAAUGCGCGCGUUGUUGCUGCCGUUGAUCGCAUCGCUCUUGGCCUGCUCGAGCAUUCGCAGUGUGCUAGCACGCGACGCCGAUUUCUGCUUCGCGGACGAGGAUGACCCAUACUUGUACAUGGCCACAAAGACCGCCUACCAUUUCGUACAUGGAGGCAAGACCCGGUUCCAGAAUGUGCCGAAUUGCCGGCCGGCGCAGAUUUGGAUGCUCGCCGCACACGGUACCCGUUGCCCAACCAUCAAUGAAAUCAACGAAAUCGUCGGUUUAACUGAACUCAAAGAGCAGAUACUCCACAAUCAUGAAAUACGUGGUGAUGGUCACAUGUGCAACCGAGAUCUAGAAAACUUGAGAAGAUGGCGACCAGACGAAUAUUUAGCGCCACAGCGAGCGGAAGUCCUGACGCCGCAAGGAGUGGAGGAUAUGAGGCUCCUGGCGAGAAGAUUGCAAAGCAACUUCCCGGAAUUGCUACUGCCCAGCGCCAGCAACAUCACAUCCGCCAAUUAUAAGUUCCGUGCUACUGAAGCACGCGACAGUAUGGCAUCCUUCAUGGAGGGACUAUUUGGGAGCAGAACGGCGAUACUUCCCGAGGAAAGUUCCCUGAAUGACACAUUGCUGACCGCAUACAAAACGUGCUCUGUAUGGGAAAAUGAUAAAGAUGUGCAGCCGUUUGAAAAUACGGAAGGCAGCAAAUUCGACGCCGGGCCGGAACUUCAGAAUCUCCUGAGGAACGUCAGUCGACGACUUGGUUUUCUCUACAAUAUCUCUACUGAAAAAAUUGUUGCCAUGUACGAUGCGUGUCGAUACGAGAAGGCCUGGGCCGUCACUAAACUUUCACCUUGGUGCGCCGUCUUCAGCAAGGAUGAACUCCGCAUUCUGGAGUAUAGGGAGGACCUUUAUUACUACUACAAAGCCGGCUAUGGGCGAGAUAUUAAUAGCCGUCUAGGAUGUCCUUUGUUGCAUGACAUGAUGCAACAUUUCUGGAAUCUAGCACGUGACGAGACAUCAAAUGAGCCUGCGGGUAUUUUUUACUUUAGUGACGUCAUCAGUCUGCAGAAUCUUCUGACUACAAUGGGCAUAAACGAGGAUCCGAUGCCAUUAGCUGCUUUCAACUUUAAAGACAUGGCCAGGCGACAAUGGCGAACAUCUAUGAUAUCACCCUUCGCCGGGAAUCUCGUCGCAGUGUUUUACAAAUGCAAUGACAUCACUGAUCGCAAUAAAGUGAUGUUUUACUUGGCGGAGAAACCAGUGCGAUACGAAGGCUGCCAAGUGGGUCUCUGCGACUGGCAGUUCCUGAAGAGUAAAUUCGGCGAGCUGGCCUCAAGUUGCAAGCUGGAUAUCUGCUGGAAAGGAAACACGGCGCCUUCCAGUUUUCCAAAUUCCAUAGCAGUUUUAUUAGCGUAUGCUGUUCUUUGCCUUGGCUACCGACAAUUGUAAAUAAUCCGUAAAUAAGCCGCUAUCGCAACUGUCAAACGUUGAAUUGUAAAGUACUAAGUAGAAACUGCUGAAUCUAUACGUUUUUAAGAGUUUGAAGCUAAUAGAAGCUUGAAAGAGUCGAUAGUAAAUUCUUUUCAGCCAAGAAAAAUUUGGCAGAAUAGAUAACGUGUGCCUAUUAAAACUAUUAUUUAUUAAAAACAUAUAAUGAUUGUUAACAUAAAUGGCAUUUAUGUGUAUGGCAUUUAUAUAUUAUAUAUUAUAAUAUAUUAACGAAAACGUUAACGGAAACGUAUGUGCAUUUUUAAUAAUCGUCUGUAUUUUGUCGUAAUUAAAUAACAUAGUUAAUUACUAUUAUAUCAUUAUUAACAUAAUUAAUAAUGAUAUAAUAUUAAUUUGCAUAAUUACAUCUUAAAAAUAUGUACAAAAGAAAAUUUUAUAUCUGUGUGAUAACGACUUCUCAGAGUUUCGAGACCCUGAAAAUCAAGUUUUAUUAGUUUCACCAAUAGAUCUGUUACUGAAGAGAAACGCUGUAGAAAAUAAAGACAAUAAAUUAUAGAUAAUUAUGUUA